AGUCCACAAGUAGUCUUCUUGCUGGCAUCAUGCGUCCUCUGCCCAAACUUCUGCUUUUUCAAGUUCUGACAUGCCUUGGACAAAAUGUUCUUGGGGAUGAAAUCAUAAAUGGGCAAAUAGCCGCGGAGAACUCGAUGCAGUAUAUGGUCUCGCUGCAGAACAGCAGGGGUCAUCAUGGCUGUGGAGGAUUCCUUGUCAAUGAAGACUUUGUGCUUACUGCUGCGCACUGUGAUGAACCGACACCUGUUUCAACUGUAGUUUUUGGCACCCACAACCUAAAGAGGGUUACGAAUAAAAACAGAAGAAAAAUUGUAAAGAGGUACACACAUCCACAAUAUCAGAAUGUAGAACAUGGUAAAGACAUCAUGCUCCUCAAACUGUCUCAGAAAGUUCAACUGGGCAACAGCGUGCAAACAAUUCCACUUCCCAAAACAGAAAUGAACAUACCAGAAAAUGAAAAUUGUCGUGUAGCUGGAUGGGGUCUUACUCGAACUGGUGGCACAGCUGUUGAUGAACUGAGAGUGGUGGACGUGUCGAUCAUUCAGCAGCAGGUCUGUGCGAGGGUGUGGGGUGGUCUUCCUGAUAAUGUUAUCUGUGCCGGUGGAUAUAAAACCAACAAAGGAUUCUGUCAGGGUGAUUCUGGUGGUCCUCUGGUGUGGAAGGGGGUGGCGGUUGGUGUUGUGUCCUUCAACAACCAAUCAAACUGUGACUACCCAGAUGUACCCAAUGUUUAUACGGACAUCUCAAAAUACCUUCCCUGGAUCAAGAGCAUCCUCAAAAGGCACUAAACUUUAUGAGUAAAAAUUUUACACAAAGUAAUAUGGUGUCUCAAUAUGCUUUGUCAGUGUGAUUGAAAUUCUAAAUAAAAAUUCAUUUCAAAUGCAA